GAUCUUCCGGGCUCAGUUGAGAAACACCGCAGUGAAGGAGAGCAGCGUUACAUCAGUGUCUGAUCCUUCGUUGUUUUGUCCUGGCACUCGACCAUCAUGUCUUACGCCGGGUCUUACUUGGCCAAAUCCUACGCAGAUAAAGCCUACGGGGACACUGUGUACACGGGAUAUCCAGAUGAGAAGUCGGCGAAAGAGGUGUACGAUGAGCAGGUGAAGCACGAGAAGAGAAAGAGACGGGAAUCCAUGUGCUGUGAGGUGGUUGCUCUGGUCAUCGGCUUCGUCGGAUUGAUCGGGGUCGCAUCCGUCACAGGCCUGCCGAUGUGGAAGGUCACGGCAUUCAUCCAGGAGAACAUCAUCGUGAUGGAGACGCGUUGGGAGGGAUUGUGGAUGAACUGCUACCGGCAAGCCAACAUCAGAAUGCAAUGCAAAGUCUAUGAUUCUCUGCUGUUCCUCCCGGCCGACCUCCAGGCUGCCAGGGGUCUCAUGUGCGCCUCUGUCGCUUUGAGCACCUUCGCCUGCAUCGUGUCGGCCGUAGGCAUGCGCUGCACCCGUCUGGUAGACUCCCGUCCCAAAACCAAGCACAUUGUUUUGGUGAGCGGAGGGUGUUUGUUUUUGGCUGGCUGCUUGACCACCAUCAUUCCCGUGUCGUGGACGGCUCAUGUGAUCAUACAGGACUUCUACAACCCGUUGUUGAUCGACGCCCAACGGAGAGAGCUUGGAGAGGCUUUGUACAUCGGAUGGGUCACUUCAGCUUUGCUUUUCAGUGCUGGGGUGAUUCUGCUCUGUCGACACGCACCACGAACCCAGGAUAAGAUGGACAUGGCGUCUGUUAUGUAUCGGGCCGGAUCGGCUCCGUAUAACUACUCCUAUGGGCCUGGAUAUGGAUACCAGCCUGCAUACGGAUACCAGCCCGGGUACAACUAUCAACCAGCCUAUUCUCCUGUCCCAACUGUUUAUAACCCUCCAAGAUACUGAGACACACAGUGAAUGCUGUGCUUUACC